AUGGCUGGGACCGGCCAUUGGGCCCGGUUGGAAUACGAGGACAAGGACCUCUUGGUGGAGAUCAAGGUGCAGUGCUUCAAUGAACCCGUUCUGGAGUCCGACAGUGCAGAGAUCGGUGAUGAUGGAAUCUCCUGGACUUCCUCAGCAAGCUGGACGUCUAUGGCGGGAGGUGAAGGUGUUGGGACUGGAGGUCCCUUUGGUACUCACCAGGAGUCGUUGCGAACGAGUGAACUGCCCUCCUUGCCUGUUCCAGGAAAGGACAUUGUCGCGGGAAGGACUUUGUCUACGGUGGCCAUGCUGUUCAAGUUCUUCACGGUCUUUCAACCUGGUGGUGGAGCCGAGAGGCCGCUGAUGUUGUGGCGAAGCUGGGUGGCUCACAGCAUGGAUACAGAAUCUCUGAAGGUGGACCAUCGACCAGCACUUCACUCGGUGAUGGAGUUUGCUGAGUAUCUCCAGGCAGAGGAACUGGCUUUGACUACGGAGGGGGGCAUCAAGUCUCAGACGGGCAACUCGGCGGUUGCAUCCACGGGAGCGACGGCAGUCAAGGUUGCAGCCCUGGGCACCGAAGAGGGGAUGGGGAAGUCGUCAGAAGGAAAGCCGGGCCGAGAAGAAGGACCCACCUCAGAAGACUCAAAGGAUGUAUCAAAGAUGAAGGGAGGUGGUGAGAAGGCGAAGGAGGAUGCAGAGGAAACAGCCGCGGUGAGGUUGUUGCAGGAGGAAGAGAAAAUCCUUGAGACAUGUCAAGGCGGUGAGGAUCCGCAGCUUGGGAGAAGGGAGAUACGGUGGUGGGCGACGUGGCCCUGCUUGACGGAAACGAAAUAUGGAAACUACAUCAGGCUCCUGCACCGAUCUCCAAUGUGUGACGAGAAACGGAUGGCCAGCGAUGGAAAGUCUGGAGCUGCUUCGGGAGAUCGAGACUCAGAUGGGAGGUGGAGUGACAAGCCUUUCAGAGGAGGAUCGUCAGUGGUGGUGAGACAGGUUUCCUGCAGUUCCGGAGGAGACUUGGAAUUACAUGAGGGGCCAGUCGAAACCUUGGAAGGAGCUGGGGCACCUGCCUUUCAACAGGAGGAAGAGGAGGAGGCUAUGGGCUGCUCGAGGAGCGAGUGGCAGACGGUGGUAGAAACGAUGGAGCACUGGGUAUGGAAGUGCUGCUUGAACCAGGAAUUGAAGAGAGCCCCGAUGAACAAGGGCGAAGGCCAAGAUUGCGGUGCCUCCAUGGAGUACAUUCUGCAGAACCUGGACUACCUGGAGCAAGACCUGGUGAGGCCGACGGAAAGCAAGAGUUACGGUCUGCGGGAAUUUGAUCAGGGCCCUGAGGCUGCCGUCCACGACCAGUACCAGAAGUGCGCAGGAGCCGUGGUGGGUGGAAGCGACGACCGAGCCAAACCUCUGAAGGGUGAGGAGUGGAAUGUCAAGCUACAAGACAGGACUUUGGGCUUCGUCAUCACCUACGUGGACGCAAUGAGCGUGGUGAGCCCGGAGGAGAUGGUUGCCAGUGUCCCGGAGCGAAUCCAAGCUCAGUGGAAACGCUCCCCUCCUGAGUGGGUGUCUGAGGAGAAGUGGGUCAAGUUUUGCGGGUUAGAAAUGAAAUGGCAGGCUGGUGGCUUGCUUGUUGGACAGCCGUCCUACGCAGCCUCCUUGUUGGAGAAGCACCCGGAAGUGCGGGGAAUGCAGUUUCCUUUCCCCCGUGGAGGAUCUGAACAUCACGGCAAAGAAGGUAUCAGAGGCAUCAAGGAGACCAUGGCGAAGAUGCAGAAAAGUGAAUGGGAGAAGUUCUACCUGCUGGCUGGGAUGGUGGUCCCAGAUGAGGAGAAAAGGGCUCCCUACUUCAAGAAGAAAAGGGCAUGGAUGUGGAGAUUGUGGGAGUUGGAGGAGCUUCAUCGCCCACCAUGUGCCAUCCUCCACAUCGAUCAACACCUUUCCCUUUGGAGGCUCUGCAGCCAGAGAGAACAGUGGUUGUGUUUGUCUUCACGACUGAUGACCGUGGAGGAAGGGCCCAACAUGAACCCAGUGGAGGUGGAAGAUCGCAAGAAGGGCCAAGUGGAGAUGAACCUGGCCAUCCGCUUGGCAACCCGGAGAGAUUUGGAGGAGUUUAUUACCCAGCAUGUGGUCAUGACCAAUGGAUUUUGUAUCCUGGCGGCUAGUGGGUGCGGGGGCAUGGCAGCUUACGUCGACGUGCAUGCCAUCCUCUACAUCGAUCAACACCUUUCCCUUUGGAGGCUCUGGGGCCAGAGAGAACAACGGUGGUGUUUGUCUUCACGACUGAUGGCCGUGGAGGAAGGAGAAGAGCAGAGGAUCUUCUCCACAUGCGUCCUCCAGCUCCAAGAUACCAUGGGUAUCCCACCACUGUGGAGCUCUAAGGUGAUUUUCGAGAUCGAGGAGCUCUGUCGGCGAUUCGAGAUCAAGGAGCUCUAUCAGCGAGGCGACCCAUCGGUGGAGGAGCUAUCGGCGAUGACCAGCGGUGCAUCGUCAGGGAGAUCGGAUUUAGAGAGGCUUGACAAGAAGAACUUACGGCAGGAUGCAUUGGCACGUGCUGGAGGAAACCUGGUGGACUCACCAACUGAACCACCGAGCUCACCUUUGCCACCGGGGUUGGACAUGAUGCGGCCGACGUACAGAGGAGGGACGUCGGGAUCAUCGGGAGCCAGAGGCCGGAUUGCUGUUCAAUCUCCAGUGGAACUGGGAAUGAGGCCUUGGACAGCAGAGGAUGUCGAGUACGGGUUCCAGCUGCCGGAUGGAGAUGGUGAGAAAUUGAGUAGGGUGGUCGGAUUCCCCAGCCAAUUGUUGAAGCUGGCCGGUCAGUCCCUUCCGAGAAUAGUCCUGAAAAUCAGGACGAUGAGUUUGUGA